AUGAGCAAUCUUGAAAAGGAUAAUGAGCCUGACUCACCAACCUCGCUGUAUAUACUGGAGACACACGACUACACUAUGCAACCAAGCUCAAGCAAUUUAAAUUUUGAAGGUAGAUCUGCAUCACAAAAUGAUUGGAGUCGGUUUUUUCUUGCGGCCCCACUAUUGUCCGAUGAUCCUGUUUAUUUACAUGCAGACCACAUUGAAGAAUUGGAUAUACCCGUCAUAUCUACAGUGACCCAUAUACAGGCACCAUCGCUUUUUGAUCCCUCUUCUAGUCUACAGGAAAUUGAUAUCGAUCCAGUACUGGAUCAGAUUUCCACUGUUGUUGCGCAGACUCCUCAUCCAACCAGCAUCACGGUUCAGGCGACUAGAGAUGAAGAUUUAAAUAGCUCUAUAUCGCCAUUUGCUUUGGAUACCCUACCUUGGUUCAACACCCCCUCCAAAUUUUCCACUCUUACUACGGCUUCUGGUGCGUAUUGCUCUACUCUAGAUAAAGGCUUGAACCCAUCCAACUCUAAAGCAUCCUUAAUACCAUCUCGACAUGCAUCGGAUCGACGCAAUAUUGAAGAUAUAUCAUUGGAAUGUCCUACUAUAUCUAAUGCAAACACUAAUCUAUCGAAUAUCAAUGAGUUUAAUCUGAAUGCAUCAAACGCCGCUCCAAUGUUGACAAGCGGCUUUGGUAUCCUGGAUUUUCCAAACGAAAUCACAGGAAAUAAAAACUACAGCUCCGCUAAUGUAGAGCAGCUUCAAUAUUCUAAUUUUUGGUCCACUCCUGUUCCAAACGAUGCAGUAUUUGCAAGGCUCCCUUUUGCGCAGGCCACUGAAAAUAUGGCCACUAAUGAUAAUCCGUCCAGCUCGGUGUGUCUGAAUAGUUGGAAAGAAAAUUCCCAAAACGAUACGCUAAAUCCUAGUACGAUCAUCUCGGGAAUGCUUGCAGAAAAUACAACUACCAAUGACGCAAUAUUUGGUGAUCGACCUGAGAUUUCUGACUCAUCAACAAGAUCAUUUCUUCAACACUAUGAUCAUGACAUCAACUGUCUUUGUAACGUUUGCCAUACUAUACGGAUACAAAUGCAGACUUUUGGAACCAUGUAUGAAGGCGACAUCAACAAUGCAUCUGAUAAUGGAUUCACAACGUAUCCCAUUUCCCAGUCAUCUCGAUUUAAUGCACCUUUUGAAUCUGAUAAAAACUUGCAAUUUAACAAUAACAGCAGUAAAAAUAGGGAAUAUUUGCUGGCUAGAAAUAUCGGAGUAAACAAUCAGACGGACAAAACACUUCAGCAAUUACAUCUCCAAAAUACUUCCAGCUUGAAUAAAUUACCUACGCAACCAUCCCUUGAAACUCUUGCUUUCAAAGAGAAUGCCAUAACCACACUUUGUCUAUCCAAUCUUUCGCCUACAAUAUCCGAGCAGCACUUGGCGUCUGGAUAUACACCCAAGUUUGAAUUUUCCUCGACCCUCAGUGGUGUAGCACAUGUACCAGGAAGUCUAAUUCUCGCUGCUAUGGAAAUUUCUUUUCAUGGAUUUUGGAAUCGACUGCGAACACCAGACGAUAUGGACAUUCAAUCUCAAAGUGUGUUGGUAGAGAAAUUUCUUGGGCCACGGAAUGUAGAGUAUACAGUGCUGUUGAUCCAUCCUCGUGUUGUGCAAAAAUCAUAUGGCAAAGAGAAAAGAUUCUUUUGUCCUCAGCCAAUUAUAUACCUCAUUGGUGCUGGAUGGCCUAAGCUUAUUGGUGAUAUCAAAAACAAGGAUGGUAUCGAACAGAUUCACCCACACGCUAAAGCAUCGUUUGUGGACAACAACCACAUAUCAUGGACUUCUGAUGCCCGUCUAACUAAAAACCAGUUUCGGUAUACAGCUGUAUCUCCAACUACAUCAUCGAACACCAAAAAAGUUACCAAGCAACGGGAUGCUCAUAAUAUCAACCAUCGCGAUCGUACUCGGUCAUCAUCAUCGUCAAAAUCUAUUGAAGUCAUAGACCACGAUUCAGACACAGAUGACUCUAGAACGGUUUUGGAUGGCGAAUUUUUGAGCUCUCGCCAUGGUGUCAAGUGCAAUCUGGAAAUGGAACGGCGGCGCGUAAACCUGCUAAGUAAAACAUCCUCAUACGGUAGAUGUGCUACUCCUUCCAUGCAAGGUCCAAUUCACUGCAUGUCAGCGUAUACAAAGGGUUUGUAUAUUAGCGAUUUUGACAAUCGAAAAUCAUUUCAUUUAAAUUUUAGGAUUUAUGGAAAUGUAUCAAAAGAAGAAGUGUGUAGGAUUCGGUCCAAAGAGAUCAAGGUCAUUUCCAAACCCUCGCGAAACAAGAGUGUCGCCAAGUCAUCUGAAAACAUCAUUUGCUCUGGACAUUAUAUUGCACUUUUUAAUCGAGUUCGAUCACAAACAAUCAGUACUCGAUACAUGUCUGUAUCUCAAGAUGGCUCUAAACUAACCUCACGGCAUACUCCAUGGGACACUUUUAUAAUUUGGCUCGAGUCUGAUCCAGUAUAUAUUGCACGAAAAGCAAACUUUGAUGGAAAUAACAAAUCCGUCGUGUCAGAUGAUGGCUUCAAACUAAAUAUUGAACUAAUGUCCGUUUUAGUGCGUAGUUUGGAUUUUGAAUCAAACAGUCGGAAAGAAAGUCUUUGGAAUGUAGACGGCGAAAAUUCGCAGUUAUUCAAAGACAAGCCCGAAUCAACUAUCCACUAUGGCAAUACAGUGGUGCUCGAAAAUCUGAUGACUGGCUUGCUCACUGUGCCCCUAAUUGUGCGAAGAGUAAAUGGAAAGUCAAUGGCUGUUGUACAAGAAUCAGACUCACCAACACUAGCUUCCGAAUUUACUCGAGCCUCGUUAUUUCUUUCACAAGAUCACUGCCAUGGCAAUAUCGAAUCUAAAACAAAAGAUGCAGUGUCACAGCUUCACAAGAUUUCGUUUCAAGUCAAGUCACAACCGGGUCAUUACAUUUCUCUCCGUGAUGAAAGUAUUGUAAUCUAUCAGGCCCAAUCCAGUUUGUCACAACCUGAUGAUAAAUCUACGUUGGAUAUGGCUGAAAAAAAGACAGACCAUCAGUUUAAAGCAUCUGAUUCUUUUAAACUGACCAAGCCAUUAUUGCCACUUCAAGGCAAAUCUCAGCACGCACACAAGGAACCAACUCUGAAACCCCUCAAACGACCUUUACAAAACACGGUGGAAGCUUCUAAAAAGCGGCUUAAAGAUAUUCAGUCUAUAUGGGGCGAUGCAUCCAAUAUUAGUAUGCCGCAGUCCAAAACUGCAGACUUUUCAGUACACGCUAGUCAAUACAAGACAGAUUACUCGACAAAAAAUAGUACAGUAACUACUGAAGAUAUCACAGAGCUUUCUGUUUGGUCAAUUGUUGGCACAGAGGUUGUUGAGCAUACAUUUUCUCUACCGCCAGAUGAUAUUGGGUUAGACUCUGACACGAUUUCUCCAACAACUCUCAAACAGACAUCGCUACAGCCUACCACUACCAAAAUACCAGCAUCAACUCAAAGUAGUUCCACUGAAAAUAUAUCCAAAUACUCAUCUAUACUAAACUCUCCUGAAAAAUCAACUUGUCUCGGAGCCCAACCUAUGCCAAUCAUUGAUCGAAUCAGCCAAGAAGGCACAAACGUACUUGUUUGCAUUGGAUCUCAAUUUGGUGUCAAUUUUUGGAUAUUCGCCGGAAUUGUUCCAGCAAAACGAAUGACCAUCAGAUCAACCUUUAUCUUUAUGGCCGAGUUUCAAUGUCCAAUUGAAAUCAUACGUCAUAGCUUUACAGGAAAUAGAGAUCACCCAUCCAACGCAAGUAAGAAUCGCAAUAUACCAUUUACCGCUGCCACCAACAAGGCCAAUAACAAGCCGGAGCCAUUUAUCAUUGAUCAAAAUGAUAGCAAUGCAUGUAUCACGGAAAUAGUGCCGCUACUUGUAUUGCGUGAUAAAAUGGUUUUCCGUACAGAGUAUUCGCUUCAGCUACAAUGGCAAAAAUAA